AAAUUAAAUUUAGUGAGUGUGAUUAAGGGAAGAAAAAAAAAAAAUUAUAGAGGUAUCAUAAAACCCUGCAAAAACCCCCUUCUCCGCCGCUGCUCUCUCUCUCCACCGCUCUUCUCUCCACUCUGAGGGCUGAUUUACUUUACAGUGAAGCUGUUUAUUGAGAGAGUGUUAUUUACCCUCUACUUGGCGGAUUGCUGAGGAAAUGGCGCCGCCUGCAAAAAAAACCCACUCGGAAAGACCUCGAGGCCGCCCCAACGGCGUCGUUCCGUCGUCAAAGUUGCCUCUUCAGCUCGAAGACGAUGUUCCCGACUUCCCAAGAGGAGGGGGGACUUCGCUGAGUAGGGAAGAGAGAAAUGAGGCAAGGGAAGGAGUUGAUAAGGACUUUGAGACAGACAAUAGAGUCCUAAAGAAAAGGAAGAAGGAUAAGAGGGUGCAAAAUAAGAAUAAUUCAACUGAGGAUGAUCUAGGGUUGCUAUUUGGAGAUGGAAUUACAGGGAAAUUGCCGAGGUUUGCUAAUAAAAUCACUUUAAAGAAUGUUUCUUCGGGUAUGAAACUAUGGGGUGUGAUUGCUGAAGUUAAUGAGAAAGAUAUCGUAGUUAGUCUUCCUGGGGGAUUGAGGGGACUAAUUCGUGCAUGUGAUGCAUUUGAUCCCAUUCCAAGUGAUGAAGUCAAAGGGGAUGCGGAUAAUAGCUUCCUGUCUCGAAUUUACCAGAAAGGGCAGCUUGUAUCCUGUGUAGUUUUGCAAGUAGAUGAUGAUAGAAAAGAACUAGCAAAGAGAAAGAUCUGGCUUUCUCUGCGUCUAUCUGUAUUGCACAAAAGCUUAACUCUGGACUCUAUUCAAGAAGGAAUGGUACUAAGUGCAUAUGUGAAGAGCAUCGAGGAUCACGGUUUUAUGCUUCACUUUGGGUUGCCUUCUUUUGCUGGAUUUAUGCCAAAACAAAAUCAGUCUGAGGGAAGAAACCUAAAUGUAGGCAUAGGCCAGCUUUUACAAGGGAUUGUUAAAAGUGUUGACAGAUCUCGGAAGGUAGUCCAUAUGAGUUCCGAUUUGGACAUGGUAUCAAAAUAUGUGACCAAAGAGCUUAAGGGCAUUUCAAUUGAUCUUCUUGUUCCGGGCAUGAUGGUUAAUGCUCGUGUGCAAUCAACCCUUGAAAAUGGCAUCUUGCUAUCCUUUCUUACAUACUUCACUGGAACUGUUGAUUUAUUUAAUCUAGACAAAACUUUUCCAUCUUCAAGAUGGAAGAAUGAUUAUGCCAAAAAUGUUAAGUUUAAUGCUCGCAUCUUGUUUAUCGACCCUUCAACUAGAGCUGUUGGUUUGACAUUGAGUCCUCAGCUUGUCAGUAAUAAGGCUCCGGCAUCUCUUGUUAAGGUUGGCGAUAUUUUUGAACAAUGUAAAGUAGUCAGGGUUGAUAAAGGGUCAGGCCUUCUUCUUGAAGUUCCUACUGUACCAGUUCCAACCCCCACUUAUGUCAAUGUAACCGACGUAGCUGAUAAGGAAGUUAAGUUGGAUAAGAUCUUUAAGGAAGGCAGCUCUGUCCGUGCCAGGAUACUCGGAUAUAGGCACUUGGAAGGACUUGCAACUGGUACUCUAAAGACUAGUGCAUUUGAAGGUUCAGUUUUCACUCACUCUGAUGUGAAGCCGGGCAUGGUUGUAAAAGCUAAAGUUAUUGCAGUCGACAGUUUUGGUGCUAUUGUGCAACUUGCUAGUGGUGUGAAAGCCCUAUGUCCCCUCCGGCAUAUGUCAGAGUUUGAGAUUACAAAGCCUAGGAAAAAGUUUGAGGUUGUUAAAUUUAUCCUAUGUGCGAGAGCCAUUGUUGCAUUUGUGUGGAGCAGAAUGGUUCUUUGGAUACUUUUUUGUAAUUUUAAUUCUCAUCAUUGUAUAAACAUUUUUCAGGUGGGAAUUGAGUUAGUUUUUCGUGUACUGGGGUGCAAGUCCAAGAGAAUCACUGUUACACACAAGAAAACUCUUGUGAAAUCAAAGCUUGAGAUCCUUAGUUCUUAUGCUGAUGGGACUGAUGGGUUAGUCACUCAUGGGUGGAUUACAAAGAUUGAGAAGCAUGGAUGCUUCGUUCGGUUCUACAAUGGGGUUCAAGGAUUUGCCCCUAGAUCUGAACUUGGUUUGAGUCCAGGCAGUGACAUACAUUCCAUGUAUCAUGUCGAACAAGUUGUCAAAUGUAGAGUUGUCAAAUGUCUUCCUGCUUCGCACCGAAUAAAUCUCAGUUUCAACAUCACACCCACAAGGGGAUCGGAGGAUGAAUUAAUCAAACCAGGAAGUCUAGUCUCUGGAGUUGUUGAGAGUGUAGCAACUCAAACAAUACUAGUAGCUGUCCAUGAAUCGAGUCACAUGAAAGGCACCAUCUUUCUUGAACAUUUGGCAGACCACCAUGGUCUUGCCACUUUGUUGAUGUCUGUUGUGAAGCCAGGGUACCACUUUGAUAAACUCUUGGUUCUUGAUGUUGAAGGAAAUAAUAUGAUACUCACCGCCAAGCAUUCACUGGUUAACUCAGUUGAGCAGCUUCCGGUUGAUAUUAGCCAAAUCAGCUGUCACUCUGUGGUUCAUGGUUACAUAUGCAAUAUAAUUGACACUGGCUGUUUCGUUCGCUUUAUGGGACGAUUAACUGGAUUUGCUCCCAAAAGCAAGGCUACUGAUGACAGGAGAUCAGAUCUUUCCGAAGUCUUCUAUGUUGGGCAGUCUGUACGAAGCAACAUAGUGGAUAUUUCCAGUGAUACGGGUAGAAUAACACUAUCACUGAAGCAGUCAUUGUGUUCUUCGACUGAUGCAUCUUUUAUUCAAGAAUACUUUUUUUUGGAAGAGAAGAUUUCGGAGCUGCAAGUAUUGGACUCUCAGGGCUUAAGAUGGACCGAUGGAUUUGGUAUUUGCAGUGUCAUUGAAGGAAAAGUACAUGAAAUUAAAGAUUUUGGUGUUGUUAUCAGCUUUCAGGAAUAUAGUGAUGUCUAUGGCUUUAUUUCUCAUUAUCACUUGGCUGAAACCACCUUGGAAAAACACUCUGUUGUUCGAGCUGCAGUUCUUGAUGUUUCCAGGAUUGAACGCCUUGUAGAUCUAUCAUUAAAGCCAGAGUUUGUAAAUAAAACAAAAGAAGAGAGUUCUACUUCGAAAACACUUAAAAAGAAGCGUAAAAGAGAAGCCCAUAAGGACUUGGAAGCUAAUCAAGUGGUUAAUGCAGUUGUUGAGAUUGUGAAGGAAAAUUACUUGGUUCUCUCUCUUCCAGCAUAUAAUUAUUCAAUAGGCUAUGCAUCAUUGACAGAUUACAACACCCAGAGAUUGCCUCUUAAACAGUUUUCCCACGGACAGAGUGUCUCGGCCACUGUAAUGGCUCUUCCAGGUCCGACAACUGGUGGAAGAUUGCUACUGCUUCUCAAGUCCUUGAGUGAUGGCAUGGGGACAUACAGUUCUAAGCGCGCAAAGAAGAAUUCUAGCUAUGAUGUUGGAUCUCUCAUUCAGGCAGAGAUUACUGAAAUAAAGCCUCUUGAACUUCGAGUGAAAUUUGGUUCUGGUUUCAACGGAAGAAUACAUAUAACUGAGGCAACUGAUGAUAAUUCUGCUGAUAGUCCCUUUAGUAACUAUAGAGUUGGGCAGACACUGACUGCAAGGAUUGUUUCAAAGGGUAAUAAGACAGCGAAAAGUAGGGGAUAUGAUGGAUGGGAAUUAUCAAUCAAGCCAUCCUUGCUUAAAGGAUAUACUGAAACAAGUAAAUCAUUAUCUUCAGAAGACAUCAACUAUUCUUAUGGACAGUGUGUUUCUGGUUUUGUGUAUAAGAUCGACCCUGAGUGGGCCUGGCUGACUGUUUCUCGAGAGUUUAUGGCUCAGCUGUAUAUUCUUGACUCCUCAUGUGAACCUUGUGAACUUGCGGAUUUCCAGAAGAGAUUUUAUGUGGGCAAAGCUAUUUCAGGAUUUGUAAUCAAUGUGAAUAAGGAGAAGAAGUUACUUCGUGUAGUCUUGCAUGCACCACCUAAUGGUUCUGGGGAACUCAAAGGAGCUGAUUCUGACCAUAAUUCAUUAUGUCAUUUAGCUGAAGGAAGUGUUGUAGGUGGCAGGAUUUCUAAAAUCCUUCCUGGAGUUGGUGGAUUGCUGGUCCAAAUUGAUCAGCAUCAUUAUGGCAAGGUUCAUUUUACUGAAUUGACAGAUGCAUGGGUCCCAAAGCCCCUUUCUGGUUAUCAGAUAGGACAAUUUGUGAAAUGUAGAGUCUUGGAAAUUAACAAUGCUUUCAAGGGGAGUGUCCAUGUUGACUUAUCCCUUCGAUCAACACAAGAUGCUGCAGGGCACACUUCUGCUCGACGUGUGGACACAAUAACAGACCUUCAUCCGGAUAUGGCCGUACAGGGUUAUGUUAAAAAUGUGUCUCAAAAAGGAUGUUUUAUUAUGCUUUCACGGAAUAUUGAUGCCAGAAUCCUCAUCUCAAAUUUGUCAGACAACUUUGUUGAAAAUCCUGAGAAGGAUUUCUCGGUUGGAGAACUUGUGACUGGCAAGGUACUAUCGGUGGAACCGUUAUCUAAGCGUGUUGAAGUUACCCUUCGGACUUCAAGUGCAGUCUGUGUGCCAAAAUCCAACUCUGAUCACUUAAACCAAAUUACGGUUGGAGAUAUUAUCCAUGGAAAAGUCAAGCGUGUUGAGUCUUAUGGGUUGUUUAUAUCCAUAGAUCAGACAAAUGUUGUUGGUCUAUGCCAUGUUUCAGAGCUUUCUGAUGAUCAUAUAGAUGAUCUACUGGCGAAGUUUAAAGCAGGAGAGAGAGUGACAGCGAAAGUUUUGAAGGUGGAUAAAGAGAGAAAUCGAGUUUCCUUGGGGAUGAAGAAUUCGUAUAUCAUAAGUGAAGGAGGUUCUCCAACACCUUCAAGCCAAAACAUUGAUUCUGCCAUUGGCAUGAAUGGUUCGGUUGUAAUACCCGCUCCAGCAUUAUCAGAGAACAGCUCAGAGGACAUGAAUAAUGGAUCUGAUGUUGGCCAUAUCCCUCUACUAGCUGAUGCAGAAUCUAGGGCUCUUGUGCCACCGCUUGAGGUUCCACUGGAUGAUAUAGAAAGCGUAGAUAUUCAAGGUGAUGUUAGUCAAAGUGCAGUGGAUGCUACAGAUGGCAUUGAAGAGAAAAACGAUAAAAAAGCAAAAAAGAAAGCUAGAGAAGAAAGGGAACGAGAGAUAAGAGCUGCUGAGGAGAGGCUGCUAGAAAAAGAUAUCCCAAGGAGUGCCGAUGAAUUUGAGAAACUUAUUCGGAGUUCUCCAAAUAGCAGCUUUAUAUGGAUAAAGUACAUGGCAUUUAUGCUCUCUUUGGCAGAUGUUGAGAAGGCACGGUCUAUUGCUGAAAGGGCAUUGAGAACAAUAAAUAUCCGAGAAGAGUCCGAGAAGCUGAAUGUAUGGGUUGCUUAUUUCAACUUAGAAAAUGAGUACGGUAAUCCUCCAGAGGAGGCUGUUUCAAAAAUAUUUGAGAGAGCAUUGCAGUACUGUGACCCCAAAAAGGUGAAUCUUGCGCUUCUGGGCAUGUAUGAGAGAACGGAACAGCAUAAAUUGGCUGAUGAUCUUCUUAACAAGAUGAGUAGAAAGUUCAAGCAAUCAUGCAAGGUGUGGGUGAGAAAGGUUCAGUCUCUUGUGAAGAGAAACAGUGAUGGGGUUCAGUCGGUGGUGGAACGGGGUCUGAAGAGCCUUCCCCGUCACAAGCAUAUAAAAUUCAUAACGCAGACGGCCAUCCUUGAGUUCAAAUGUGGGGUUCCGGACAGAGGAAGGUCCUUGUUUGAGAAAAUGCUGAGGGAGUAUCCCAAGAGAACAGAUUUAUGGAGCGUGUAUCUCGAUCAAGAGAUCCGGGUAGGUGAUGCCGAUUUGAUCCGUGCACUAUUUGAAAGAGCAAUAAGUUUGAGCCUUCCCCCAAAGAAGAUGAAGUUCUUGUUCAACAAGUAUCUUCAGUAUGAGAAGUCGAGCGGUGACGAACAACGGAUUGAAUCCGUCAAGGCCAAGGCUAUGGAAUACGUGGCCACUCUUGAUUGAAUUUCAUUCUUGAAGUUUUGUAGUAUCUUGUAUAUCAUGUUAGAAUCACAUGAAAUAUUACAUUUUUGUGCGAAUUUGUACUAUACAUUUAUCAAAUGUACUUGUUAAUUCACUCUCCAACCAUCCAGAAUGAAAAACAAAAACAUGCACUAACAAAGUGGCGUGUUUGUUCCACCAA